AUGAUACAAACGGAAGCCGAAGCGAAAACGAGGCGAAGAUUUAUAAAGGCUUCUGCCACAAGAUUGCGUACUUACAUAGAGUCCCCCCAAUCCGAACACGCUCCGAAAUUCGAAUUAGUAGAACGUAAGAAAAAACUGUCAGACUUAUUCCGACAGUAUGACGAAGUGCAAUCGUACAUUGAAUGCUUAGAUUCAGAAUCAGACGAUUCGAAUGUAACAUCGGCCCAUGCAGUGGAGCGUGCUCGGUUUGAGGAAGCAUAUUUUCAACUCACGGCGUUAUACGAUCUGCGGAUCAGUCGAUUCGAGCAAGCGCAAGUUAUUCCUCAAUCGGUUAGUAGUAGUAAUCAAGUUACACGUCAAAAUAACACAGAGUCACAAAUAAAGUUGCCGAGAAUUCAAUUGCCUAUAUUUUCGGGUGCUUAUGAAGACUGGUGUACAUUUCAUGAUUCGUUCGAUAAACUGAUUCAUGCUAACGCGAGUCUAUCAGCAACGCAAAAAUUUCAUUACUUACGAUCUUCAUUAAAAGAUAAGGCAGCCGAAAUUAUUAAAUCCUUUGAUAUCACAGCCGAAAACUAUUUAGAAGCAUGGAAAUUACUCAAUGAGCGUUUCGACAAUAAGAAACGAAUAGUACAAACGCAUGUUAAGGCCAUCUUACUCAAACAUUUCAGAGCGCUUAGGGCCCUUCAAAGGCCAGUAGAUACUUGGGACGACAUGAUGAUCCACUUGGUAAUAUCUAAGCUUGACUCUUCUACGAUCAAAGAAUGGCAGACCAGCCGUACAGACAAUCAGAUACCCACGUUCAAGGAGCUUACCGAAUUUUUAGCACAACGAUGUGAAGCUCUAGAAGCAACUUUUGGCAAAUCAUCAAUUCGAUCGAGCUCAGAAGUGGCGAACAGUUCUCAGAGAGCCAAGAAUCCGAGUUCACAUGUAAGCACUUCGAGUCAGACCGCCCACCUAUGCAUCAAUUGUCUGAGGGCUAAGGGGCAUCAGGCAAAGGAUUGCAUGGCUGGAUCUUGUAAAAAGUGUGGGAAAGCACACAAUACGUUAUUGCACUUUGAUUCGAACAAGACUAGCGCAUCGAGUACUGAGAGUCAAUCUUCAUGCCCUCCUAAAUUAGCCAACGCAUCCGCAUCAGAGUCUCCACCUCCGGUAGUCACUCAGUGUACUCAAAUUAAUAGUGCAUCCAAGGUUUUCCUCUCAACCGCUAUAGUUAACGUAUACGACCGUCAAGGUCAGCCUCAUAGUUGCAGAGUAUUAUUAGAUAGUGGUUCGCAAUUAAACUUUAUUACACAAAAGCUAGUAAAUAAAUUACGACUUAACCGUCAUGCAUUAAACAUGUCGAUAUCUGGAGUAGCGGAGGGAACAUUCGAGUCCAAGGAAAUAGUGAACGUCAGUUUUCGGUCUCGAACAAACAAGUACACUAAUCAGCUUGAUUGUAUAGUGCUUCCUAAGAUUACACAGAACUUGCCGCAGGAACUUUGUCCGAUAUCGGAAUUUAGAAUUCCAUCGAAUGUCAUCCUUGCUGAUCCUAAUUUCAACAUUCCUAGCGAAAUUGAUUUGCUUAUAGGGGCUCAAAUGUUUUGGCAGCUCAUUUGCGUGGGCCAAAUCAAAUCGUGCAAGGCGCAUCCCACCCUACAAAAAACUAAAUUUUGGGAAAUCGAGCAUGAUGUUUCCUGCAAUGAGGUUCAAUACACUCCUGAUGAACAACAGUGCGAAAUGCAUUUUCAGGCAAAUGUUUCUCGCAAUACAGAAGGCCGUUUCAUAGUAAAGCUACCUACGAACAAUGACAAAAUACAGCAAUUGGGCGAGACACAAGAAAUCGCGAAACGUCGUUUUCUCAGUUUGGAAAGGCGUUUGUUAUUGCAACCUGAUUUAUAUGCGCGAUACAGAGAAUUUAUGCAAGAAUAUAUCGACUUGAAUCACAUGCGCCAAAUAAAACCUUCGGCAGGUCACGAACUAGCCUAUUACAUGCCUCAUCACCCGGUUUUUAAAGAAACUAGCAUUACAACGAAGUUGAGAGUAGUCUUUGACGCAUCAUGCAAAAGCACAUCAGGACUGUCAUUGAACGAUUCAUUGUUAGUUGGGCCAACUAUUCAAGAGGAUUUAUUUUCGAUUUUGCUUCGCUUUCGCACAUUUCCAUAUGCGAUGACCGCCGAUAUAACUAAGAUGUAUCGGCAGAUACUUUUACAUGAUUCUCAAAGAUCUUUACAACGUAUUCUUUGGCGUGACUCUCCGCAAAAUGAGUUAGGGAUUUACGAAUUGCUUACUCUUACAUAUGGUACUGCUCCAGCCUCAUUUCUUGCCAUCAGGACCAUACGUAAGCUCGCUGAGGAUGAAAUGAAUUUGUUCCCUAUUGGCUCAAAGAUAAUACUACGUGAUUUUUAUGUAGACGAUUUACUUACAGGCGCAUCCACACUGUCGGACGCAUUGGAAAUAAAAACGCAAACAGUCGAAUUACUCGCAAAAGGAGGUUUCGAUUUAGUGAAGUGGUCAUCUAAUCAUGCCGCUCUUCAGGAUUCACAAGGUCCUCACAAAAAGAAAUUCAUUUUAGUAGGGGAUCGUAAUAUUGAGACUAGGGCAUUAGGUGUAGUUUGGAAUUGUGAAGCAGAUGUUUUCAAAUUUGAAAGUAUUGGGCAGCAUCCUCCGUUGGAAAGGCCUACUAAGCGUAGCAUAUUAUCUCGAAUAGCUUUAAUGUUUGAUCCUUUGGGAUUGUUAGGACCGUCGAUGGUAAUUGCCAAAAUUAUAAUGCAAGAGUUAUGGCGCGCUAAGGUCGAUUGGGAUGAGUCUAUUUCGAACGAGUUGCAUACACUUUGGAGAGAAUAUGAGCGUAAGUUACAAGUUCUUGGUAAUAUCAAAAUAACCCGUAAGGUGAUCACAUCUAAUACAAUACAAUUCAAGGAAAUUCAUGGUUUUGCGGAUGCAAGUGAAAAGGCUUAUGGCGCAUGUAUUUAUCUACGAUCCAUUUCUGAUGAUGGUCACGUUGAGGUUCAUUUAUUAUGCUCCAAAUCCAGAGUGGCGCCUCUUAAAACGUUGUCAAUUCUUCGUCUCGAACUGUGUGGCGCAUUGUUAUUGGCACAAUUGACGCAAAAGGUGUUGAAGUGCUUGCCGUUUAUGGUCGAUGGCGUCCAUCUAUGGACGGAUUCGAGUAUUGUAACAUGUUGGAUACGAUCAUGCAGUCGUCAGUGGUCGCAAUUCGUUGCAAAUCGCAUUGCAGAAAUUCAGCGUCUUACAAAUAUUGGUAGUUGGAAGCAUGUUCCCAGCCAAGAAAAUCCUGCUGAUUUACUUUCUAGAGGCAUCAUGCCAGACGUGCUGCAUAAAUCAAACAUGUGGUGGACUGGCCCGCCCUGGUUAAAGUUAGACAAAGACGACUGGCCCUCUGAGAAUUUUUCUGCAUCAAAUAUGGAAUUACCCGAGGGAAGAGCUACAGCUUUGAUAGCUGAAACAGAAGUUGAACAGCAAUCUGAUAUUUUUGAGCGAUUUUCGAAAAUGCACAAGCUGCAUGAGUCACAUUCAGGCAAUAAGAGUAUAUUAGUUCCGCCAUUAUCGACUGAUGAAUUGGAGAAAUCGAGACUAACCCUUGUAAGAUUGGUACAACGUAGUUCAUUCAGGACGGAGUUGCAUUCCAUUAAACGCUUCAAUCAUGUAAAUAGAAACAGCAACAUUUUAAAAUUAAAUCCGUUUAUCGACAAGCAAGGUAUUUUAAGAGUUGGUGGCCGAUUGCGUCACGCCAAUGUAUCGUUUGAACAUAAACACCCGAUUCUGUUGCCCGGUAAACAUCCUUUCACAAAAAUGAUUAUUCUACAUGAACACGUGCGUCACUUCCAUGCUGGAGCACAAGCUACCCUGUCAGCGAUUCGACAAAGAUAUUGGCCGACAUCUGCUCGAAGUAUUAUUCGUAGUAUAAUAAAUAAAUGCGUGACAUGUUUUCGCAAUGUCCCCAAAUCAAAUACACCUGUAAUGGCCGAUUUACCGGAGAUACGAGUAAAUGCGGUUAAAUAUGCGUUUGAAAAAUGCGGCGUAGAUUACGCAGGACCUUAUUGGUAUAAGGAAGGUCAACGAAAAAAUACUAAAACAAUAAAAUGUUAUAUAGCAGUGUUUGUAUGUCUGUCUUCAAAAGCGGUACACAUAGAACUUGCGGCAGACCUUUCCGCGGAAACAUUUUUAAAUGUAUUAAAGCGAUUUAUUUCCAGAAGAGGGCGUCCCGUAGAAAUGUAUUCGGAUAACGGUUUGAAUUUUGUUGGGGCAAAACAUGAACUUAAUGAGUUGUAUAAAUUAUUUAAUGAUGAUAGUAUCAAGCAAAGAAUCAAUGAUAUGAUGGCAGUUGAAAAAAUAAAGUGGUACUUUAUUCCACCUAGAGCUCCGUAUAUGGGUGGCAUUUGGGAGGCGGCUGUCAAAAGCGCUAAGUUUCACUUAAAACGCAUAGCUGGUGAAGCAGCAUUGAAAUAUGAUGAGUUAUUUACUUUGAUGGUCCAGGUCGAAGCCAUAUUAAAUUCUAGACCACUUACUCCGCUUUCGAGUGAUCCCAACGAUCUUAACGCUCUUACGCCAGGACAUUUCACAAUCGGAUGCCCGAUUAUGGCCUAUCCGGAGCCUAGUUUGGAAAAUAUUCAAUCAAACAGGUUGUCGCGGUGGCAACGAGUUGAGCAAUUGAAGCAACAUUUUUGGCGUCGUUGGGUCAACGAAUAUUUACAUAAUUGUCAAUCGCGAGUAAAGUGGAAUACCCCUGGCGAUCAUAUUGUGGUUGGUCAAAUGGUAAUAUUACGGGAAGACAAUUUACCACCCCUAUGCUGGAAUCUAGCACGCGUAGAAAGCGUUCAUUCUGGUCAGGAUGGAAUUACUCGCGUUGUAACCGUCCGAACUUCUAAAGGACUGUAUAAACGUCCCGUCACAAAGAUAUGUAUUUUGCCCAUUCCGCAAUAA